CUCUAUUUCUCUUCUCUCCCCUUUCUCCCGUCUCUCUCUCUCUCUCUCUCUCUCUCUCUCUCUCUCUCUCUCUCUCAACUCUCUUCAACUUGUCUUUCCCACAUCCACAUAUACAUCUAUCUAGUCUCAUAGACUCACGCGUUCACACGCGCUUACCGUCGUUUCGGUCUCACUCAUCCUUAUUGGACGCACUCCAGGUUCAUUUGCCACCCAUAUGUCUGGUGUGGCCCAACCUCUCCAGGACGGUGAUGUCCUUCGCCAUGAAACCAUCUAUCUCAAACUCGUGGAGAGAACCGAGGAUUGCGUCGUCGACGUCGCAGUUGGCGAUCUAUUGAGCAAGCUGGAAGGUCCAAUCCCUCCCUCAGGCCCCCGCGGCUCGUACAGCCGUGGAGGCUACAAAGAUGUAACUGGCGGGUACUGCAUUGGCCGGCGCUCCAACAUUGGCCGACGCUCCAAGAAUGGUUCACGCCUCCCCUCGGCCCUCUCUUCGCGUGUGCUCUCGCGCGAACACGUCAAGCUCACGAUCGACCCCAACGGAGAACUUUGGAUCAUGGAUCUCGCCAGUCUUCACGGCACCUGCAUUUCUCGCAGGCAGCGCACCAUCUCCCUCGAGGCGUACAAGCCUUACCGCCUCGAGCAGGGUGACGAGCUCAUUCUCGGCAAACCUGUCGCCUCACGUGACGGUGUAACUCACCUCCCUCUGCGUGUCCAGGUUCACUACGCCCUUUACGCCCCCGGGGCAGACAAUCGCCGGGACUUGACCCCCACUUUCGCUCGCUCAAUCCGCGACAUCACGCUGCCUUCGCGCUCUCAUGUGUACCGGUGGGGCAUCCCUGUCACCUACGAGUCUGAGCUUGAGGAUGAUCUACCGGGUUACAAACGCGAUGAUGACGAUGUCAUUUACCUGGGAUCGCGUAGCCCUCUCAAUCCCGUUGGCUAUGAGCUUGAGGACGACGCCGACAGUUGCAUGCGCUCCGCAUCUUCGCCACAACCCUCUCAUGCUGAGACAAACAUUCCGCGCUCACCAGCGAUGGCUGAGGACCUCGAUGUGCACGCUUCUCAGAGGCGUAGCUCCAUCUGCGACUUGGUUCUCUCCACUCCGUCCACAUGCUCGCACCACGAUGAUAUUCGUUCGGAGCACUCCUUCGGCGGUUCGGCGACCUCCGACCGCGCACACAGCGAUCAUGCACAGUAUGAAGGCUCCGAGCAUUCGCUUAGCGACGCUGGAGCGAGCCGUUCGCAAAGCGAGGACUGGGAUGCCAGCGAUCAUGAAGAGACUCACACCAUUCUUUCCAGCGGCAAGUACGAGGACGCUAGUAGCGACGAGGACGCUAGUAGCGACGAGGACGCUAGAAGCGACGAGGGCGCUGCAAGCGAGAGGGAGCGUGCCAACGAGCUGUCCGAGUAUGGAGACAAUGGCUGGUCGCUUAGCGGCAACGUUCCAGAAUCUCCCCAGGGCGACCACCCCCUUGACCAGGCUGCGGAGGAUUCAGAGGCCAUGAACUUCGACAAUGUGCCCGCUACCCGUAGAUUGUCACUCGGAAUUGAGCAGAUGCUCGUCGCGGUCAACGCGGAAAUCACGCGCCUUCAUUCCGACCUCGGUCGGGACCCACCUCCCCCGCUUGGCACACCCUCGGUCAUUCCCAGCUCCAUGCCUGAAGUAGACGAUAUGACCCAGCGUCAGGCUAUGCGGGCCAGUGAUGACAUGGAAGCGAACCCUCAUGGUGCGUACGGAUACUGCUCCGCGCCUGUGAGCCAGUGGGGAUCGCAUUUGAGCACGCCGGGCAGGCUGUCGCCAUAUUACACCCCCGUGAGCCACGCGGCCUCGCAUCAGCGUCCCCCCGCCGACACACUGUUGAACCACCAAGGGUCACGCCAGUCAUAUCCGUCGAGUGGUGGGGCGUCAUACAUGACGUACCAGUAUGUCCAGUGGGACGCACCGGCCUACACCCCGUUGAGCCGCGCUGGGUCACCAGUCUACACCCCGCUGAGCUGCCCGGGGUCACCAACGUAUACGCCUUUAAGCCAUCCGGGGUCACCGACGUACACUCCGUUGAGCCACCCCGGGUCGCCGACGUUCACUCCAGUAAGCCGCCCGGGGUCACGUCGGAGCUCGCCUCACCCCCCAUGCGGUCUGGGCGUAUCUCACCUGUGCUCUCCCGUUCGUGCCACGUUGGGGACGGGCGAAGAGGAUGACUCCUGGGAGGACGCGCAGCGCCCCGAGGAACACCACUACACCGACGAAGUCGAGGAGUCGAGCGUAAAUGAUGAGGGUCAGGAGCAGAUGGCCGAGGCAGAUGGCCUCGACGUUGUUCACGGCAACGCCGAGGGAUCCAACAUAUAUCAAGAGAACGAGGACGAGCAGCCAGUUGAAGAAGAGGAUCACUCUAUGGUUAUCGACGAUGUUGAGGAAUCCAGCAAGCCUGAGGAGAACGUGGACCCACAGCCGGCCGCUGAAGAUGACUACUCUCAGGUCGUCGACGACGUCGACGAGCCCACAGUGCCUGAGGAGACCGCCGACGAGCAGGUGGAGACGGCUCCUCCUCUUGUCACGACCGUUGUCUACAUGGCCCCGCCCUCCCCUCCUGCCUCGCCUGGCACGCCAGAUGUUGAACGCGUCCACGUCAAGUCGGUAACGGCCACCUCGAGCGUCCCUCUCACGCCUCCCUCCCCGGCGUUCCUCGCCAUCAAGGAGGGGGCUGUGGCCCCAGGCGCCUCGUCGGGCACCAGCUUCGCCAAUAUGUCAACAGCCAGUGGUUCAACGCGCAAGCGCAAGAUCUCUGCCAUUGAGGAGGAGGAGGAAAAGGAGGAGGAGGAGGAGGGGGAGGAGGAGGGGUCUCCCGCGCCUUCCUCUAUUGCGGUUGACGCUGCCAAGCAUUCCAAGCGUCGCCGCCAUAAGAGCGCUCGCCUCGGCGCUUUCGCGAAGGGUGUCGCAUUGGGCGUGGGGCUCGGCGUUGUAUCUACGUUUGGCGCGCUCUACCAUCUGGGGUCGGCGUAGUGUGUUGUAUGAGGUCUGUGACCUCAUUAUGUUGAUGCAUGUAUAAGAUUGUAA